AUGGACAACAACAGCAAGCAAAAGACUGUGGCAGCACGCCGCUCACCUGCCUCUCACCGAUCAUCUCCAGCCUCGACGGCUCGACCACGUCCCCUCACCAAGAAGCACUUUCCCUUCCUGAAACUGCCACCGGAGCUGAGGGAGCUGGUGUAUGAACACCUCCUCGUUCACAAGCUCUUGAAGAUUGGUCUCCUCUGCAAGCGAAACGGCAAACCUAAGGCAUUCGCGACAUCUAACGAAGCCCCCGAUUAUGGAAAUGGUAGGGAAGGGCUCUUUGGGGAAUUCGAUCCUGCCGUUCUUCGUGUCAGUCGCCUGAUCCACAACGAGGCUCUUCCGAUCAUCUACGGCAAAAAUACAUUCUUCUUCAUCAACUGUAUUGCUGUUGAUCUCUUUCUGGACUCGAUGGUGAACCUUCGGAGCAGCACUGUGAGCCCUGGUAUUCAGCAUCUUCACCAUGUGGUCAUCUCAGGUCCCCAACGAGCGAACUUCUUCACUACCAUGCGCGACCUUCGUGUUUUGAAGAACUUGAAAACUCUGGCCGUGGAAGUUUUCGAUACCGACCUUGUCAUCGAACGGAGCGACGACGUUUAUCAUCCCUGGGACGAUGAGAGCGGCCUCGUUGCUGCCGUGACACAAUUCAUCGAUCUCUCCGCAUCAGUCGAGGAGCGAAGGCGUCAGGUCGACAAGAUCUCGUUCGCCUACAACAACCGUCGGUGUGACAAGGGUAACAAGCUUUCGAUCCCAGGUGACGAGGUUCCGGCUAGAUGCAAGGCUCUACUUGCAGAGUUUGUCAAUGUUACUCUCCAUGAGUAG